UCUCUCUGAACACUUUUCUCUUUUUCAUAUAAGAGGGUUCUGGCUGAGAGAAUAAAAACCCAAUAUAGAUACCAGUUCCUUAACUUAAGAGUACAGUUAAAAAGAAUAUUCAGAAUCAUGGAGAUGAUUAAUUAAUAUAUUAAAAUAAUAAAUUAAUGGAAUGUCAAUGUACGUAUAUACCUAUGAAUAUGAGAAGCAACACAUGCUAAACAAACAUAUGACUUAUUGCAAUAAAAACAAAACUUCAUUUACUUUCAAGGAAGCUUAACUAGUUUCCUUGAUUGCACCCAAAGAAACCAGCAAGAGAGAUAAACCUACAGAUCGAGAGUGGACCAUGUUUUGAGAUGCUGCGCUCAGUGCGCCGCACCAUCAGUCCACCUCAGUUCACAAAACAUUUAAAGGAUGUUUAUACUAUUCCAGUACUAGAUUAACACGAUUUCUACUUUAUAACAGAUGAAAUAAUCUUGAUCACCGGGUUAAUCAUUUCUGGCCUUUGAAAAUAGUCGCGGCGAGAGAGCAAAGGGUUUCAUAAUAAUCAAGAUUCCGUUUCAAGCUCAAGCCUCAAGCUCCCCGCACAUCAUAGCAGACGGCCUUGGGAGAGCCAGUGUUGUGUUGUGGGGUGUGUGAGUGUGGGAGCACCAGUAAGUGACCCAGUUCACCUUGAGACGUACGCAGACAGUACAUGGGCACCUUUGCUUCCUGAAACUAGUCUUCAUUACAUCUUCUUUCCCUGUCUACCCGCUGCGCAUCUCAAGACGGGGAGGAGAGGACGUCCUUUGAGAGGUCUCGGGCACCACACAAGGUGACUCCCAUCUGCGUAUGGUUGUAUUAUGUGUUUGUUGAAGCAUUCUAGUAACCAAAGAAAAUGGGUAACCAUGCAUCGUCUGGGGAGAGGAGGGACCGUGUCAAAGGGGGAGAGUUCACCCCGUACUCCCCGAGCAGAGUGGGGGAUAGCCAGGCCUUCACGUUUGACCACACUCGGCCUGGCGCCGGCCAACACAAGGUCCUGCAUCAGCAGAGCUCAGAGGAAGACCACGACCCGGUAAUCCUGAAGGUGGCAAAGGACAAAGACAAGGAGAAUGAAGAGCCGGUUCCCCUGAGGCCACGUCUUGUCACUCAAGGAAACAAAAAAAUGCUGCCCUUCGUCAUCAAAUGGACAGGAGGAGGCAAUAACGUGUCCAUUGCCGGCACUUUUAACCAGUGGCAGAGCAUACCAAUGGUCAAGAGUGAGAAGGACUUUGUGGCAAUCGUGGACCUCCCAGAAGGCUCACAUCAGUACAAGUUCCUGGUGGACGGGGAGUGGAAGUUGAACCAAGGAGAGGCAGCGUGUGACAAUGGCAUGGGCACUCAGAACAACGUCAUCACCAUCAAUGAAGCAGACUUUGACGAGUUUGAGAACGCUCUCCUUCGCGACCCAAACGAUAAGGAUGAAAAGAAAGGCUCUCAAAUGAACAGCAGUGGUAUGCAAGAGGAAAUGUUCAGCCAAGAAAUACCAGAAUAUCAGCAGAGCGAAAAGAUCCGAGGGCCACCUGUGCUGCCACCGCACCUCCUGCAGGUCAUCCUCAACAAGGACACUCCCAUCUCAUGUGAGCCAACUCUUCUUCCCGAGCCGAACCAUGUCAUGCUGAACCACAUGUACGCUCUGAGCAUCCGGGACGGCAUGAUGGUUCUGUCCACCACCCACCGGUUCCGGAAGAAGUGUGUCACCACCCUCAUCUACCGACCUAUAGAGUGAAACGUGUGCUGAAGGUAUUUCUUGUUCACGGGCUUCAGGCAGGUGUAGACAAUGUAGCUGUAGGUUGUAUUAGUAGUAGUUGUAGUAGUAGUCAUAGUUUGGGGUUGUGUUAAUGAAUCCUAAUCUUAGACAAGCCACAGAAGGUGUUCCUCUACUCGUGUGUUGGCUACAGUUGAUGUGAGUGUUUAGUGAGAUGUGAUUGGCAACCUUGAGGCAUCCUUGUCCCCAGGGAUACUGAGCUUUACUGAACCCCACGUGUUGCAAAGGAAGGAGUGGAGUUUGCUUUAAGUGACGUGUGAACAGUGUUACCAUGCCAUGUGCCUCACUUUAGGUUAGUGCCGUGGUUCUUCUCUCAAAGUUGAUACUCAGUUGUGAUCCUUGAACCAACAAAAUGACACUAGUUUGAUAAAAACACUGAAGUUCUUAUAAACAUACAAAUUCCUAGGAGUCCAGUAUGUAUUACAUUGUGGCUUUAAAGUGUCACAGUUUUCCCUAUAAUCUUAAAAUCAACAGAACAACACUAUAUCAUGACAUAAAUACAUAUACUGUACAGAUGGACUUCAAUCUUACAGAAUAGUUUUGAAAGACAUCACAGUUUUCUUGGAUAUACAGAACUACUAUAGUAUUGAUAUGGCUCUGAAAAACAUCAUGAUUCUUUACACCAGGUGUGGGCAAACUAGGGCUCGCAGGCUUCACGUGGUCUGCUAAAGAAAUUCAUGGGGCCCAACAAAUGUUAGUAAAUUUUUAUAAACAAUGCCAUAUGAUAUUGUGAGCAUGUAAUUUUCCUUCUGCAGGUGUGCAUAUGCAUGGGAGUGGUCUUUUCUUUAAAAGCCUUUAUUUUGCAUUUUAGAUAUUAAGUAUUAUUUUGGGUUAAUAUAGUAUGUGGCCCUAUAAGAUUUUUUUUUUUUAAUGUGGCCCUAGCACUGAAAAGUUUACCCAUCCCUGCUCUACACCAACAGUACAGCUAGUCAUUGCAGCUCUCUUACUCUUAUUUAAUGAUUGCAGUAUUAUAUUAUGGAUCUGGGAGUGAGUGCAGCUCUCUCAAUACUUAUGCACACAAUCCUCUAUCAGUAAAGUUAAGAGGAGGUACACAGGGAGUCCUUAUCCAACAUUUAAGAACACAAGAAAAUUAGGGAAGCUGCAAGAAGCCAUCACGCCUGUACGUGGCAGUCCCCAUAUGAAACGUACCUACUUAUCUCCACCCAUCACUCGUCUAUGAAUCUGUCUAAUGUUUUAUCUUCAGUACAUCAAGUUGUCUAUAUAGAUAAGCUGCAUUAAUCAAAAAUAAAAUACCCUGAAUAAGUGGGGAAGUGUGAUUCAAGCACUCCUUAUUACAAAGCCUUAUCCUGCUGAUGAAAUAUAAAUGCACAUACAUACACAUACAUACAGACUGUUAGUAGCAAAAGAAGUCCAACAAUCAUUACUUGUUCAGUGUUUCAAUUAAUAUUGAAGUGGACAGAUUGGAGUUAUGGAAAUGAAACAAGUCAAAUGUUCAGUAAGGGAUUAAUUCUCUUGUAGUGACACUGCUUCAGUGCAAUACAGUGUUCCAACUUGUUCAGUUCUAUUGAAUUGUGGGGAUGCAGCUAAUAUUUGUGUUAGCAGGUGUUGGUUCAUUUAUAUUAAGGCUUGUAUUUUCUGUGCAUCUACGUAAAUGUGGGAAUGCAGAGAUAUUCAUAAAUUGAAGCAGAUAAGACAUUCAAUUGUCAGUAUCUGGUACUCAGUCCAAACUUUUUGUCUCCUCUUUUCUUUUAUUUAUGUAUAACAUUAUCAUGUAUCAAGGAGACUGGCCAAAGAGAAAAAUGGUAGGUAAAGAAGCCAGGUGAUAAUGUCAUUCCCAUAAAAGAAAUGGGUGGAGAGUUGAGCCACACAGCCAGUUGGAAUUGGACUCCCAGUGAUGUAAUUAAGUCCAUCUCUUGAAACGCAGCUUUACGAAAUCUGUUGCUGCUUGCUGUGUGCUGCUUCUGUGUAUAUACCUAUCUUGUGUGUACAUACAUAGACAUCAUGGCAGUAUGUAUGGUGUACAUGUACAUAUGUAUGUAAUCACACUGCAAGUAUGUAUGGUGUACAUGUACAUAUGUAUGUAAUCAUACUGUGCAAUCGAUUCUCUAAAAUUAGAUAUUUAUAUAUAUGAUGUAAAAUUGCACAAAACUGCUAUUUAUACCUGUACUACAAUGAAGAAUUUGUAUGAUGAAUUAAACUCACAUCUCAUCAA